AUGGACUUCUCAAACAUCUUUCGUAUCGGCAACAUUGUCAUUGGUGUGUUGAUGGUUCUCGGAGGCAUCAGCCAGUUCUUCCCGAUCUCUCUGAGCUCUGUCGUCGUGGGUGUAUAUGUCAUCCUUUUCGGUCUCAUCGUUGCUAGCCUGGAGUUCCUUCCUACCAUCCCCGACUAUGUCUAUCGCUAUGCGUCCUUCCUCUUUUCUUUCCUGGGCCGUGGCGUCUUUUACAUCUUCGUUGGAUCGCUUCUCCUCCACGACAGUGUCUUGCGAAUCAUUGCAGGCUCGCUCGUCGGCCUUUUCGGUGUCGGAUAUGUGGCUCUGGAGUUUAUUCCGUCCAUCGAGCCCCCGACGAACAUGCGCGAGGCGGACCAGAGCUGGGGCGCUGAGCAGGUCUAAUCGACAAGUGCAGCUGUGAGAGGGGGAACCCUGUUCUUUGGACGGACACGGUCGCCUUCAACCGCCUUCAAAUGUUUGCGAACCCCUCGCCGCGCGGUGAGCAAAGGAGUUGGACCAUAAUUAUAACGGACGAGUUUGAUGACAUGGGGGUAACAGUGAUAGUUUCGGAGGGAGGCCCA